AUGUCAGAAACAAGCAGAAUAAACCCGCACAGGAAAGUCUUUCAAACCAAGAACUUCCUCUCACUACCGCUCCGCGAGCGCGUCCUGGGCCUCGAGGCGGAAAUCCUCAGCGACCCAAAAUACUUUGGCUUCGACACGCACGCGCUUCAACACUGCAACCCGAAACUGCUCGACGCGCAACCCAAUUCCGUGAAAUGGAGUCUCGACAUCGGGUCGGAGCUAUGCAACAAAUCCGGCAACCUGCACGGCGGCGCCGCGGCGACCUUGCUGGAUAACCUGACGAGUACGGCGUUGCUGACGAUAGCGAGGGAAGGGUUCUUGGAUGGCGGACAUGUGAGCAGGACCAUCACCAUGACCUAUCUGCGGCCGGUGCCGAUGGGGAGCAAGGCGACUGUAGACUGUGAGGUUCAAGCGGCCGGCAGGAAUACCGCGAAUAUUGUGGGCAAGGUCUAUGUCAAUGGGAAGCUGUGUGUUACGUGCGUUCAUGACAAGGCAGUCUUUUCGUCUCAGAAACAGGCAAAGUUAUAG